AUGGACGACCCAGGGCUGGUUACUUCAUUCGGCCCUUUCUCCGAAUAUCUUCCCUCUUCACAGCCUGAGCCGUCACACGGAUCAAACGCGGACAGGCGUCUCGCCGUUUUGGGUGACACAGAGAUCGCGAAUUAUGCCGGAUUCCUUUCAUUGAUGUCGUGGCUCGGAGCGUAUACGUACAUCGAAACGAAUGAAAAAAAGGCUAAGAAAAAGAAACGAGAGCAGAGGAAGAUUGGGUUCAGAGACCGUUACACUGGAAACAUCCUGCCGGAAGAUCCCUCAUUCCUUUUUGUCUCGAAAGGGAACCGCUCCUUUGUUCCUGCAAGGACGGACGGGAGGGAUAGGAAUCCUGCACCCGUUGACUAA